AUGGCCCUGCCAGCUGCCAUCAUCUGGGAAACAUUGGAAGGAGUAAUUUCAGUCAAUCAGACUGGAGUUCAGUCAACUGAACUCCACCUGGAAUACUUUGAAGAGGCAGUGAACUAUAUGCUGCAGCACCCACAGGUAAAGGGACCAGGCAUUGGGCUGCUCGGUUACUCCAAAGGAGCUGAUCUGUCUCUCGCCAUGGCCGCCUUCCUGAAGAACAUCAGCGCCGUCGCUUCCCUCAAUGGCCCUGUGGCCAUCACAGCUGUUCCCCUCUGUUACAAGGACAAAACCAUCCCUCCCUUGCCCUUUGAUGAACGACGCAUCAAGGUCACGGAUUCCCAUAUUCUUGAUUCUUCUGAAGGUUCUAUCGACCCCUUUCAAGCCCCUGGCAACCAAAGCCUGAUCCCACUGGAGAAAGUUGAGGCACAGUUACUGUUCAUUGUUGGACAAGAUGAUCAUGUUAUUAAUUCCGAGUACUAUGCUAUGGCAGCCUGCAAGCUCUUGCAGGCUCAAGGGAAGGAAAAUUUUCAGAUUCUCUCCUACUCUGGAACAGGGCACUGUAUUGACCCUCCCUUUUUCCCUUUGUACGCCACAGGAAAGCACCCCAUUUUUCACAAGUGGGCAGUCCUGGGUGGGGAGCAUAGGGCUCACUCUAAAGCUCAGGUUCAUGCUUGGCUACAAAUCCAGGCUUUUUUCAACAAAUACUUAAAUGACAUGUAA